AUGCAGAAUACCACGGUUCUAUUAGGAAAGAGGGGGAGGGAGAGAGAGAGGUACAGGGAUAGAGAGAGAGAGAAAGAUAGAGUGGCAGAGCGACGUAGGAUGCGAGGGAAGAGAGAGAAAGAG